AUGACCUCAAGCUUCAGCAAUACGAUUUUUAAACCCAGAAGACAUGCGAGUAUCUUCUUCCUUUUUAUAAUUUUACUUACGACCUUUUACUUUAUUGGACAUGAACAACCCUUAAAUAAAUUUAAUAAUUCAUCGGAUUGUCAAGAAAAAUAUUUAACCUACCUUCCCCACGAUGGUUUCAAUAAUCAAAGAAUUGAAUUAGAAAACGCAAUAUUCUUAGCAUGGUUCUUAAACAGAACUUUAAUAAUUCCACCUAUACUAUUUUUCAAUGGUGUUGCCCCAAUAAUAUCGCAGCCGUAUGAUGAACUAUAUAAUCUUUUGACACAAUUUAUGCAACCUAAUAAUGAUUUUAAAAAAAAUAAUUUUACAUUCUGUUUUAGUGAAUAUAAAAAAGAUUGUAAUUUUGUUUUAUGCUUUCGAGAAGAUCAAAAUAACUGCAAAACGGUAUCUUAUACUAUGUACAAUUGGGAAGAGUUGAUGGACUUUACAUUUUUGAAACAACACAUAAAUUACAUUCAUCGUCAAGAUUUUAGUCUUAAGCACCUACUGGAAUCACUUCAGAUUCAUGACGAUAAUGAAGUGUAUAAUGUUACUAGUGAUCAAACACAAUAUCAACAACGAUAUUAUGAUAAUCCUAAAUCAACAACCGCUCUCGGUAAAUUCAAAGAAAGUGUGAAUUUAAUUGAUCUAAGUAAAAGAUCCGAAAAACUAUUACACUUUGGUAGUGUGUUUUCAUCAAUUAGAAUUGUUAUACAGUUACCUGAAAGUAAAAAAUUUUGGAGAGACUUAAAGAAUAAAAUGUUACCGAACAAUCCAAUAAUAAUUAAUAUUGUAAAUAAUAUUGUUGACAAAAUUGGUGGUCCUGAUAGUUUUGUUGGUGUACAUGCAAGAUUAGGAGAUGGCUACUUUGUCGAAAAUCAAAAUAAAACAGUACAAGAACUUAUCAGAAAAAUUCAACACGAUUUUAAAAAUUAUGAUGUAACUAAUCAUGAAUCUUGUUUACCUACCAUAAUAUUUUUAGCAACAGAUGUAAAGCGUGAUCACUUAUCCCUUCAACCAUUCUUUAAAACUUUUCCUUGUGUAUUUACAAUAGAUGAUUUUAAUGAUUUAUUAAAACCUUUGAAACUUUUAAAAAACCCUAGGGAUGGUAUGAUUAUGUAUGAAUUCUUUUUACCCUUGGUAGAUUUGCUAGUUGUAUCAAAAGGUAACAAGUUUUAUCAAACUCACAAAAGUACAUUUUCAAAAUAUGCAGAACAGUUAAAUAAUAUUAGGCAAUUAUAA